UUUUUCUCUGGCGUCGUUUCGCGGGUAGCAAGCUAACGGAUAAUGCAAACGCCAAACUUAUCUCGAGAACGCGGUUAGUUUUCUUUUUUUAAAAGGCUGCGCUGCGUUGGCGGGUUUGAAUGAUCAGAUAAAGAAUCUCCUCCUGCGAAUAUAUUCGCUGCGAUGCUGCGCUGUCGUCGGGGCGAGGAUUCAGUAAUCGGGUAACGUAUGCUAACUAAGCUAGCUGCAGCUUGCUGGGUUUAACGCGCCAGGGCCGCGGGGUAAUUACGAGGGUUGCUUCCCGAUCUGUCGUAGCCGAGAAUGUAGCUUAAACUACCGCAUACAUUUUAACGUCGCACUACUCGUAGAAGCCUUCGCGCCGACUGUGUUGUCGACUGCGCUUAUUCUUUAAAAGCCUGCGGGCCUCAAAACCCUGUUAGCUCGUUCGCUAGCCUGCUAACAUGAGUGAAGCGACGGACCGCGCACAGUCCGUUCAUCCCGGAUCGAGGAAACGGACCUUGUCGCCGGACCGGGACGAAGGCGGCGCGACCCCCCGAAAGUCCUCUAAAGUGAGCGACGGCGCAGACGCGACUGGACCGACUUCAAAAAGUGUCGCAGACAGUCGAGGCGAAACUCCGGGAGAGUCGCACGACGGCGUUCCCGGAGGAAGCGCUCCGCAGCAGCAGAAGGAGGAGGAGAAGCGGGCUGCAGAUCGUACGGACGGCGCCAGCCCGCAGCCUGUCAACAGCUCCAGUCCCGACAAGCCGCGGUCCUCAGAGGCGUCUGCAGCCGCCGCUCCGAAGGACGAGGCGCCGAAAACAGCCGAGCCAGAGCGGCGACCGUCAGCCCCCGUGGAGCAGUCUGACUCCGCGGCCAUAGCGGCCGCCGAAGCCCUCGCCAGCCUCACGGGAGGAGACGGAGAGGAAAGCCAAGAGACUCCGUGUUCGUCCGCGAAAGUCAGACAAACCAAACACGGAAGUAAAAACAAACAGCGGCCGGGCCAGCAGCCCGCAAAGGCCGGCUCCAAGACGCAGGCGGCGGCGGACAGCUCCACGUCCUCGGCGCACGGCCCCGAGAAAGGAGACCAGGAGGACGCCGCGGAAGCGGAGGAAGGGGACGAGUCCGUGUCUGGGUCCUCCUCCACGCCCAGCUCCUCUUUCCCAUCCGACAACGAGGACAAUGACGACGGGGAGUGUGCAAUUGUGUCGGUGAAGAUGGCCCCAGAGGUGAGGCAGUCUCUUGCCCUGCUGGCGCAAGUGCAGAUAAGACUAGAAGCUCUGGAUAAGAAGAGCGCCAGGCUCCAUCAGCGGCUGGAGCUGAAGGUGAAUCGCCAGAGGCGGCCACAUCUGGAUCAGAGAAGCUCCAUCACGAAGACCAUCCCCGGGUUUUGGGUGACGGCUCUGCUGAACCAUCCUCACCUCUCAGCUCACAUAGAUGAGACUGAUGAAGACGCUCUUAGCUACAUGACUGACCUUGAAGUGGAGACUUUCAAAAAUACCAAACUUGGCUACAGAAUUCGCUUCCACUUCCGACGGAACCCAUAUUUCCAGAACAACGUCAUUAUGAAGGAAUUGCACCUUGGCGUAGGAGAAUCACCCAUGUCGUUCUCCAACUCCAUACUGUGGCAUCGUGGACACAAUCUGACGGCCAACAGCGAGCCCAGGAAGUCGUGCCGCGGCGUUUACGAGACCUUCUUCAGCUGGUUCAGUGACCACAGCAGCCCAGCGCAGGACGAUGUAGCACAGAUACUCAAGGAUGACCUCUACAGAGAUCCGCUGAGAUACUACCUCACUCCCCUCUGGGAACCGAGGGAGAACGGCAGCAGCGCCACUGAGGCCAGAGCGGCUGGGAACGGAAACGGAGACGACUGUGUGGUGAUUUCUGAUUCCGACGACGAGCCGGGCGAGGACGCUGGCGACGCUGAGCAAGGCCACAGCAAGGAGGAGGAGAUGGGGGAGGAAGAAGGCGGAGAAGAAGAAGGAGAAGAGGAGGAGGAGGAGGAAGAAGAGGACGACGAUGGCGGCACGCGAGCGAAUCCAGAUGAGAGCCAGGAGGAGGAAGAAGAGGAGGGUAGUGGAGAAAUAGUGAUCGACGCAGGCUCUGACGACAGCGACCAGGAGGAAGAGGAGGAGGCCUGAGAAGACGGCGAAGACAAAUGGGUGCACACCAAUAAGCAAAAAGACCUUCUGGUGUUGCUUCGGGUCCUCUCUGUGCCUCCUAAAACCGCUCUGGGUCAUCAGGACACGGACGCUCUGGGGUCUCUGGGAAUGUCUUAUUGAGCCCGAUUUAGAAAAAAAAAAAAAAUAAAAAUCCAUCAGCUCCCACUGGACCAGAGCCUGGGGGGAAAAUGAAGGAGGCGCAGUGCAGACAUUGAACCGCUCUUCCUAGUGUCGUUCAUAUGCACAAAAUACCAGUCUUUGCUUUUCGUUUUCUUUUUCUUUUUUUUUUUUACCUAAAAUAGACAGAAACUUUAAAAUCAGGGUAAACUGUAAUAGUAAAGCAACGGGAACACGUUUCCGCUGUAUUUUCUGUCAAUACUGUAUACUGGACAACCUUUUCACUUCUAUUUUUUUUUUUUUUUUUUCUCCAUCUGCACACAGUUUUGGGCUUCAGCUCCCCCCCAGCAGCUCCUAGAAAAAAAAUUUGUGCAGUGAAAAAAAACAAACGAUUUCUAACAUCUACUCUACGUUUAGCAGAUUCCUUCACACGAUUAUGAAAUCCUCAGAGGCAUUAAUAAAUAUUGAUCUUCUCAAGCUGCAAAAGGCUGUUUUGUUUUUAUUAUGCGACGCGUGAGCAAAGCGAGUUUUAUCACGAGUUCGAUUUGAUAUGACGAUCGUACAUUUUCAGAUGCACUGAGUGUGGAACCAAAACGUCUUCUCAGGGAUGAUCAUGGUGGUCGUUUUGUUGAAAUAACUAGGCUAGGUUUAAACCAUUUACUACGCUUCUGCUUAUUGUUGGUUGUGCAUAAAGAAAUGUGGACUCUACUGUAGUAUAUAGGAAUAAUAAUUAUUUUAAUAGACUACCAGUGUGGUUUUUUUUUUUUGUUAUUUUCUAUGUUUGGCCCGUGCUGUCACGUUACACCCACACCUCCGCCGUGUAAACUAUCUCCGAUCGUUCGAUGAUCCUCCUGAUUUCAGCUACGUUUCUGUGGAUUCCCGGAUUUAUGUAACUCGAUUUGAAUCAACUUGUGUAAACAUCCAAAGUUGGUGUCUUUAAGGUUACUUUUUAAAAAAGGAAAAAGAAAAGAAACAACAACAAAAAAAGCUGGUAUUAUGUUUUUUUUUUAUACACGUUUGCGUUUACGGCAUGCCUGUUAGCACACAUUGUAAGACAGGACAAUAAUGGCACUACACUGCUGUGUAGAGGAUUAUUGCUGCGUGUUGCAUUAAUUUCAAAAUCACAGCGAUUUGUAAUAGGAUGCACUGUAAAAAAAAAAAAAAAAAGAAGAAAAAAGAAGUAUUUGUAUCUGCUUACCUUUCUUAGCAAUGAACCUUGUAAAUAAUACUUCUGUAAUGUUUUUUUUUUUUUUUUGAAUAAGAUGAUGAUUUAAUUCGUGGAUAGGUUUAUGGAAUAUGGAUUUUGUUUUUGGUUGUUUUUUUGUUUGGUUUUUUCUCAGAUGUAACAACACGUUUAUAUUUUGUGUGCUGUGAUCUUUAGAAGGCUGUAGUUUAUUAUUUCUACUUUUUGUUUUUUUGGUAGGUCAUGUUUGCUUUAAAGAUAAAUGUCCACCUUUUGACUCAGACGUAAUAAAUAGAAAGCUGUUUGACUUUG